AAUAAAGCAAAAGGUAGAGGCUACAGGUUCUGUAAAGGAUUUACCAAAGUCAGGUCAUUCAAGACUCUUUACAGGAAGAGAUGAGCGUAAUAUUAUAGGAAUGCUUUUAUCUGAGAAGUGUUCUAUUGCUGUAGAUAUUUAA